UUCCUUCCCUUUUUCCCUCCCCCUCGUGGCUCCUUGUGUUUCAGCGCUGGUGCAGCAGCAGGAGGAGGAGGAGGAAGGCAGGCUGUUGCUGGAGCAGACAUGGAGGAGCUGAGCGCUGUAGGAGAGCAGGUCUUCGAUGCAGAGUGUAUUCUCAGUAAAAGAUUGCGCAAGGGAAAGUUGGAGUAUCUGGUGAAGUGGAGAGGAUGGUCGUCCAAGCACAAUAGCUGGGAGCCUCAGGAGAACCUGCUGGACCCGAGACUGCUGGCUGCGUUUAAUAAGAGGGAGCAAGAAAGAGAGCUGCUGAUUCGGAAGCGAGGAAAACGGCCACGCGGUAGACCCCGGAAAAUCAUGCAUGAGCCGUUACAGACAGUCUCAAAAUCAAGCAGCUCAUCAUCAUCGUCAUCAUCUUCUUCUGAUUCAUCGUCCUCUUCGUCAUCGUCAUCCUCUUCAUCUGAAGAGGACGAUGAUGACCAGGAUGACUGUGAAAGAAAGGCAAAAUUAAGCCCUCGAGUGCGGGAACUGCACCCUGUCCCACAGAAAAAGGCUCAGAUUGUGUUGGCCAAACCGGAUCCUCCAAAGAAAAAGAAGCGGGGCAGGAAGCCUCUUGCUCCAGAGCUGAGGGCCUUGAAGCAGAACCAGGCCAAAAAUUCACGUAAAAUCAUGAAGCCGCCACUUAAAGACUCUCUCUCAGACCUUCGUAGCAGCAUCAAGAAACCAGUGCUGCCCGCCAGUUUUACCUACACAAGCCUGAAUCGAGCUGCCAACCGGGAGACAGUAGCCAUGCAGAACCGAGGAUGUUUUACUGCCAGUGAAUCUCCAAAGAACACCAUGGGAUCCACCCAGCCCCAAGGGAAACGGACGGAUUUUAAACUUUCUGUCACAGACAUGGGUAAUGGGGGAACCCUGGAUUUAAAAAACUCAUCCUCUAAGUCUCCAGGAGUGGCUUCACUGAGUUUGCACAAUACAAAACUUACCGACAGUACCAAUGGACAAUCAACAGGGGGAGCACUUAAUUGGGCAAAAAAGCAGGAAACUCCAUCUCUACAACGUCCACCAAACACAAAACCUUGUGCAUCACCUCUUACCUCAAUGAAAAGCCCCAGUACACAGGUCUCCAGCUUUUCUGGGGUCAAUAAAACACAACUUAGUGGCAGCGCUACUUCAAAAGAUGUCUCCAACCUUCGGGGUUCUGGGAGCACAAUAAAAAAAGGGCCAGUGCAGGAAAAAAGUGCUCCAGCCGAAGUAGGGAUUUUGGGUCGACCAGGAUCCCGAGAUAUCAACACACCAGUGGGGGUGGAAAAAGUGAUAAUGGAGGGUCCAUUGGAGAGACUGGCAAAAGCCAGUCCUCCAGGAAGGCAGCGGAAGGUCCCGACAUUUACUGGCUCAAAAGAUGGAAGCAAAAUGACCAAACCGCUCAGUGAGAUGAGCACAGGUGAGGAGGGAAGCAGCUCGGAUUCAGAGCAGGAGUCAACGUUCACUGGGGAAAGGCAGGAGCUGGCGUUGGAAGUACAGUCAGAAUGCAAGGACUGGAGGCCAACACGGAGCCUCAUCGAACACGUUUUCGUCACCGAUGUUACUGCUAACCUUGUCACUGUAACUGUAAAAGAGUCUCCCACUAGUGUGGGGUUUUUCAGCAUGCGGAAUUACUGAAAGUUUGAGGACAGCUUCUUUACGUCUUUAUUGAUAUUGGAUAUCUUAGCAAAGAGUCGUAGAUCACCGUUUAUUUUUCUACAACCACCAAGUCCGUUCUGGAAGCUUCUUCUUGUGGAAGAAGAGGAGGAUACCUGAGACAAGGCGAGGAUUUGAAGGACAGAGAAGGGUAGAAACCAUUUUGGUGCUUAAACUCUGAUUCGGGUGCUUAGUCAACUGGUGCUUUUUCAAUAAACAACCACGGUGUCUUAUAAUAAGACAGGAGAAUUCUUAAAGCCUGGAAGAUGAAAUCUUAACCUGUGCGUUUACUCAAGGACUAAACUGUUUUGUGCUCAGAAGUUAAGAAAAGAUUCAAACUCAUUUGCAUUUCUUCAGUUUGACAUUUUGAGUUUUAUUAUUAUUAUUAUAAUAGGGAAUGAAUUUAUUAGUCACCCUAAUUUAAAAGCAUAACCUGCUUCAUUCCAAACUUUUUUUCUUUUUUUUUUUUGCCUGCUUCAAGUCAAAACACCCCAAUAAUAAUCCAGAAUAAGACUAAUGUUUUAAUAGUUUGGUUAUGUUUAAAAAAAAUUUCUGUAUUGAAGAGUUUCAAAAAGUUUACAGUUAAAGAGGCUCCUGGCUUCGAAAUGUUUUAGAACCACUGAAGUGAGUCCAAUGCUUGUACUGGAAUACAUGUUACUCAGGCAAAAGGUUUCCACAUGCUAGACUCAGUCAAUAGGGUGAUUUGGUUUUUAAAAAUGGAAGAAAACAUUGCUUAAAGUUCUCAAACAGUGUUUACAAAAGGGAGAAAAUGUAUCUAAUGUUUUUUUUUUGUUUUUUUUGUCUGAAUUUUCUGGUCUUUUUUGAGUGGAGAAUUUUAGAGAUGUGAACUUUUGCCUUAUUAUAAUCAGCAGGUAGAGCACGUGGCCUUCUCUCUGAUAGAACACAAUAUUUCCAUCUUUAUUUAUUAUUUCUUACUCUCUUUAUAUUUUUAGCAGAUAUGAAAAAGUUUGUUUUGUAAAAAAUGUUGGUGGCUCAUUUUAAAUCAAACAUUUUGAAUUAAACUUGGGCUUGAGUUUAAA